CACACUUGGUAGCAAAUCUCCGCCAGCAACAAAACUCAAAUUUGAAUUGUGGGACAAUCGACAGAAAUAGUCAAAAUGUAUGUGAUUUCCACUUCAAAGAAGACUGUGCUAUCCGACUUUGCGGAUCUGGAGACAAAGUCCGAGUAUGUGCACAAAAGUGGAGAGCUCGUCGACUUCCAGUUUAAUGGCCAGCGAAGGGUCUUUGUCGAGGUGGAUAAAAUGGCGGGCUUGGCUGUGAUGCGAAUAAAGGAGAAGGAGGCAAAGGCUCCCGAGAUCCAGCGAGUCCGCAAGCUGACCAUCGACAAUGCCUACUGUGUGGCCUGUGCCAAGCAAUCGCUGGAGGAGAUCGCCGUGGGCCAGAGUGGUUGUGUCAAGCUCUACAACUUCCGGACUGCGCAGCUGAUCCAUCGCUUUCCGGCGGAUCCGCAGAGGAGCACUGUCCUCUACAUGGACUACAACAACAGGGAUGACUGUAUUGCCGCUGUGCGCGAAGGCGGGGACAUUUGCAUUCUGGGCAUCAAGACCAAGCAGAAGACCAACACCUUCACCAUCGAUGGCGACUCCACUCUGGUGCGGUUUCAUCCAAGCAAGCGUUUCCAGCUGUCGAUCGCCUCCUACAAAGGCGCCGUGACAGUGUACGAUGUGCAGGGCAUGCGAAAGAUCUUCCACGCCAGCGAGGCGCACAGUGCUCCCUGUAGGGACAUCAGCAUGUGUGCCACUCAGCCCGCGCUGCUGGUCAGCGUGGGCUACGAUUGCAAGAUCAACAUCUUCGACAUCCGGCGGAAUAGAGCUCAAGCUUCCACGGAUCGGUUGACCUACUCCCAUCCGCUGUCCACGGUGGCGCUGAGUGACUGCGGCACUUACCUUUGUACGGGAAACCUUAAGGGCGAAUUGAUUGCCUACGAUAUGAGAAGCACGAAAGCUCCGUUGGCCAUUAGAAGUGUUCACGAUGCGGCUGUGACCCGGGUGGCUUUUGUGCCCAUGCCUGGCGGAGAUAACCAGCAGAACAGCAGCCUAAAUGGCUCGGGCAAUGCAACUGGAUUGGGAACCGAAGCUCCUCGAGGCGAGCGUUCUUCCAGCGAGGAGCUGCGCAAAUCCAUUGCUACUAAUUUGCAGCAGAUAAGUUUCGGUGUAAACAAUUUGGGCUUAGCGGUGGCGCCGCCUGCUAUUGCUCGCCGGGAUUCCUUUUGCGACUUUUUGGAUGCCCAAGGCCCGAGGGCAGUGGAUCGCAUGUCCACGCGUUUGGGCACCUCCUACAGGGACAGCUUCGAUUGGGAGACCCUCAACCGGAAACCCAUCCCCAACGAGACUGUUCAGCGCCAGAGCCUUUGUGCUCCAGGGGGAUCUGGUCUCAGCUCGGUGGACAACUCCUGCAACAGCUCCAAUGCGGAGUCACUGCAACAGACCUUGAGCGGCCAGCUAAAAGAUCGGAGCAACAUCUCCGGGGAGGUAAAGUUAAUGAAGAUAGCCGAAACAGAUGAGCACAGCGAGGAGCAGUCGGCAAACAUUUCCGUGGCCAGCAGCACGGGCAGCGACAAGGAGAAUCCCCCGCCGCCGGACGCCGAACUGAAGCGCCAGCUGCGUUUGCUCUCGGCCAGUCGCAACAGUACCCCACAUCAUGCCAACGUCACACCACAGUUAUCGAGCACGCAGCUGAAACCGCAGAAAUUGCUGGCCAAAUCUUCCAGUGGGCUAUCCGCCCAAAUAGAUGGCGAUUGGCGCAAGGAGUUUAGCGAGCUGAAGGAGUUUGUCGACCAGCGCUGCGGACAGGUGGAGCGGGAACUGGAGUACUUAGGCCAGUACAACCAGAAGAAGAUGGAAUCGCAGAUGAACCAUCACACGAGGCAGUAUCUAGAGAGCACAGUGGAGAUCCGAGACGCCCUCGCCUUACUUCUCCGAGGAGAUAGCUUUAUGCGCGAGUUUUCGCGUCUGCAACAUGAGAACGAAAUGCUGAGGGCCCAAGUUAAGUUUUAUCAGAGGCAGGAGCAAACUGAAUCAUGCGAAGAAUGAAAUGCGAUCUAAGUGCACAUGUUCAGUAAACACAUUUUUUAAUAAGUCCAUUAAUUAUUUAGAUAAUGUUAGUCAGUUUUGUAAUACAUUUAAAAUUAUUUGUGAGACACGAGAAACAUUUUCUGAAAUACGCAAAGCGAUAAAGGAAUGUAAUUUAAUAAGAUAGAUAAGGUAUUUAUAAAAUAAAUUUAAAAAGUGGC